AUGACAGAAUUCCAACAAGGAUGGAGAGAAUUCCAUAUUCACGACACUGUUGCUGCUGCUGCCAAAGAAGGAAGAACAAGUGCUGAUGAUGGCAAUAACCAAGACGAAGAGGACGUGAUUUAUGCUUCCGGUAUAAACCUAUUUGGAAACAUACAAGAAGAAGAGGAAGAAGAAACUAUGCAUUUCUCUUUUCCUGUGGCAGAAGCCGGCGGCUGUGAUGAAUCAACAAGAUCAGCAGUAGUGGUAGCCGCUGCAGAGAAGAAGAAUAUUGAAGUCACGCUCAAAGGGUUUUCCGAUUAUACCCAAUCCACGGGAUUGGCCGUAUGGCUAGGAUCCGAAAUUCUUGCAAGAUUCAUGGCUCGGCACCCAUAUCUGAUACGAGGCAAGACUGUCAUGGAAUUGGGAUCUGGUCUGGGUCUAGCUGGGAUUACCAGUCAUCAUUUGGAUUCCAAGACGAGUGUUCUGACCGAUGGUGAUUCACUCGUCUUGAAUGAUUACUUAAAAUUCAAUGCCAAUCAGAAUGAUCGAAGGCAGCAAGAUACAAUCGGUGGUGAUGGUCAUCCUGGUGCCAUCGAAUGUCAUCAGCUCAUUUGGGGUCAUCGAGGACAGAGCAAUGGCCAAAGUCCCUUGGCACAAUUUCGCAAGAAGUAUGGUCAGUUUGAUGUCAUCCUUGCUGCAGACUGUACCUAUAUACCGCAAAGUGUGGAACCCUUUUGGGAGACGAUUGACUUUUUGCUCGAUACAGAAGUAACUGGCAAGGACGAUGACACUGCCCAUGGCAUCACACCAGCCAAGUCACCUUCCACUCCCAAGGUGAUAUACGUAAUGGAAGCGUCCACCCAAGCCAAAUUUGAAGAUAUUUUGGAUAGCGCCAAACUACGAGGCUUUGAAUGGACAAUUGAUACCAUGCCAUCACUGUAUGAGAAGGACGAAACCCCGCAGGACAGUCAAAAAGAGCACGAAAUAUAUACCUUUUGGCGGUCUAGGUGUUCUUGA